AAAACGUGACCCGGCUUACGCUACGGAGCUCUAGUGCAUUUUAUUGCUGACCUUCGGGUGGGCGAUGCUCCCUCUUUAAAUAGUAGCCAUCUUGGAUCAAAGCUUCUCUUCGGAGAUCCGUGGUCAUACCCACCUUUCUCCGGGAGAUCAUAUUCAACUCUGCUCCGGCGGCCCUGGCAUGGAAUCACCUCGGAAUACUUCAUUUGUAUGUCAGUUUCGCCAUGCCCGGAGACCAGCAAAUUCGCUCCGCGCUCAUAUUAGAAUGGCCUGCUCGCACCAGAGCGGCCCUGUGCCGCUCUCACGUCUCCAGGUUGAGAUCUUUCCUGCUGCUCAGACGGUACUGCCUCCCUGAUUGGUGACCGUCAGGAUGGCGAAUAUUUCUCUCUCUGAGGGCUCGAUGUACGGUUGCGGGCGACCAGGAGCGUGUCAAGCAGAACCAGCUAUAACACCUCCCGACCGCCGACAUGGCUCACCCACAAGCUGGUCAAUCCCCGCGGGAGUAUACACGGCGCGUGAGCUGGUCCGACGCUUCGCACCCUUGCUAGACACCGUCGUGCAUCAUCUGGGCCCUGAUCCACCACAUGCAAAGCCCGCCCGCAUGGUCCUGCUAGACAACGUCGCCGCCAAUCUAUCCACGGACAUGCGGGAGUCCUCACUGCCCUUGUACGAUCUUUCAGACAUCAGCCGCCGCGAGAUUAGAGACCAAGCCCGCCGAAUAGGCCAGGUACUGGUCCAGUGGGCACGCGAAUACACCAACGAACCAUACGACCCGGACCUAUACCUGCGCGGUCCCGGCGAUGGCCAUAUCCUCCUCCAGUCCAGUCUAGCGUUGAUGUAUACCCGUUGCACCCGGCCCCAUCAUAUGCAACUGCUCAGUGAAUACAUGCGCCAGAUGGUAGUUCUGCGCGAUGCGCUACUCCCCUUCCAGAACUUUUACGCCGUCCCGAUCCCAGUCGACGGCCGGGCACGCGGAAUUCGCCACCUCGAAGCACCACGGGAAAGGUUCCUCACCACCGUGUUCUCCGGACACAUCACGCAGGCCUCUGUGGUGACCUUGGCCCGGGCAGUGCUCGCCCCGGACCUCCCCGUCACAAUGACAGGUGGGUACGGGUUCCAGUAUACGCAUGGUCUGAUCCUCCCUGCCAUACUGGCAGGUGGGGUGGUCCCAUACCAUCUGUUGCGAUAUGUGCCCUCUAAGAUGGAUUCCUCAGCGAUGGAGGUUCUCUUUGACUAUCAUUUCCCCGAUUAUUAUGAAGCACCACGCGAAGACAUGCCUGCAGGCCCGCCGACGAUCUUAACCCGCUACCCCAUCGACCUCCCGAGUCAGAAGGAGGAGCUCCAAACAGCCGGCAUAAGGCUUCAAGCAGGGUCCUCGACGUCGGCCGUCCGUGGUCUCGAGUUGCGUUUGGAGUUCAAGAACGGCGACACAGCAAGGGUAGACGUUGGGCAGAUCGCCCGCGGACUACGACACUCAUACGAGGCACUCGAAGAAACACGCGACAGUACGACAAACCAUACCGUUUUCCUGCACUCGGCAUCCGAGAUUCUCAUCCAGCCCGGAUGGGGACUGAGCACAGCCGAGCAGGUCGGAUUCCAUGUCAUACCGGUCGACGAUCCGACGAUUGCCCUGGCUCUGUUGGGGAAGUUGUACCCUCGGAACGUGAUCCUGCUGCCGAACGACGAGCAACUAGGACAAACAGAUGAUGUCGGAGAGGUCUCCGAAGCGAAAUUUGUCAUCUGGGGAGGGUUCAAGAGGGGCGGACUUAAGGGUGUGUUUUAGGUUGCACGAAGUUUAGUGCUUUGUAUAAAUUCCCUUACUCCUUCUUUUGUCCUCUUCUGGUCCUCUCUCUUCUCUCUUUUCUUUCCACUUGUCCUUUUACCCUUAGUGGCGUGCUUUACUUCCCUUCCAUGUCUAUAUUCCGCGCCCACAUUGAUACCAAAUCACUCAUAGUCCAUACCCGCAUUAUAGAAUAAAGCAAACACAUAUUAACACGCCAUCCAUCCGCGCGUAACCAUCCUUACUACACACCUCUCCGAACCAAAGCAUACUCAAAACCAUCCCCAAAAUCAACAACAUUACAUCCACUUUCCUCCCUUAAUACUCUGUACGCCAUAAACUAAAGGACACAAGUUAGAAUGUACCACUCGAAUCGUCUAUACCUCACUGAAUCUCUCACCA